GAUAGUUUCGCUUUCUGCAAAAUGUCUUCGAAACACUACUUCCCCUCCGCUUCAGCGACAUCUCUCGUACCCCGCUAUCUCUCCGCACUUGUAAGGGCCAACCCGCAUUUGGACUGGAUAUCCUCUGAGCGUGUGAUUUAUGACCCGUCGCAUGAUGCCUCGACCGUCUCCGUUAUCUCAGGUGGCGGGUCGGGCCACGAGCCAAGCUGGUCCGGCUUCGUAGGCAGUGGUCUCCUGGCUGCUGCAGUAUGUGGGGACAUUUUUGCGAGCCCCAGCACCAAGCAGGUUCUGGCGGCCGUGGAUGCUACGAGGAGCAACGCUGGGACCAUUUUCCUGAUCACAAACUAUACCGGUGACAAGCUGCAUUUUGGACUUGCUGCUGAGAAGGCCAAGGCAAAUGGACUCGGCCCCAUUGCGAUUCUGUAUGGAACAGACGAUGUGAGUAUCGGCAGAAGCAAGUGCGAGACAGUAGGAAGGAGGGGAAUGCCGGGACAUGUCAUCACUAUGAAAAUAGUCUGCGCGGCAGCAGGGAAACGGUACAGCUUUGAGCGCUGUGUCGAACUUGGUACGGCUGUCAAUGCGGCUCUGGUCUCCAUCGGCUCCGCACUCGACCAUUGCCACGUACCUGGACGCCAAAAUCAUGAGCGUCUCGGUGAUGAUAUAUGUGCAAUUGGCGCGGGUAUCCAUAAUGAGCCAGCACAGAUGAAGAUCUCGCCAUUCCCUGCGGUUGAAGAUGUAGUAAACCGGUGCCUCGACCUUCUUUGUGAUUCCAACGAUGCUGAGCGUGCAUUUGUCGACUUCCUGAAUAAAGAGGAUGAGGUUGUCCUGCUCAUCAAUAACUAUGGAGGGUUAUCAAACCUGGAAUUGGGUGCGUUGACCGAUGAGGUCCUCGUUCAGCUGGAAGAGAAAUGGGGUAUUCUUCCUGUGAGAAUAUUUAGUGGUGCGUUUGAGACUUCUCUUAACGCGCCUGGAUUCUCGGUGUCUUUGUGCAAUCUUUCUGUAGCCAGCAGGACCAUCAAUGCCCCGGUAUCAGAACUGCUGGAUCUCCUUGAUGCGCCGACGACAGCGCCACAGCGAAUGGGUGUACGAAAAUCGAAGGCGUGUCGCCGAGUUGAUCCACUCCUUCUUGACCGUAUGAUUCGCAAGGGAUGCGAAGCCGCCAUAGACGCUGAGCCCAAGUUAACCCACUGGGAUAUGGUAAUGGGCGACGGAGAUUGUGGAGAAGCCGUUAAAGGCGCUUGCGAAGCCAUCCUCCGUCAACUCGAUUCGGACAUCCAACACCGUGGCUCGAUCAUCUCCUUCCUCUUCUCUGCCAUCGAUGCCAUCGACGACAUGGCGCCUACGGCUGCCACAUUUGCGGCUGCUUUGACGAGGGCCGUUGAGGCAUUGAAGGCCCAUACAAGUGCACGCGAGGGGGAUCGGACGGUAAUGGACGUAUUACUACCGUUUACAGAAACCUUUACGCAGACGGGGGACUUUCAUGCUGCCUUGCAAGUAGCCAAGGAAAAGGCAGAAGGGACAAGAUUUCUCAAACCAAAAUUCGGGCGGGCUACCUACGUUGGAGAGGACAGGGCGUUGCCUGAUCCUGGAGCGUGGGCGCUGUAUGAGAUACUGAACGGGAUGGGGAUAGGGAUGGAAUGA